AUGCCCGCCCCUCAGCCACAUCCGGUCACCCCCGGCGGAGCCACCACUCCGAUCUCGGAGGCUAUCAAGAGAGGUCCUAAACGUGGGAACUAUAACUGUGGCCGAUGUGGGCAACCCAAGAAAGGUCAUGUUUGUAAUAUCCCCAAAGCCGCCGGAAGUGCUUCUUCCACCCCAACUCCGGUCGUCGCCACGCCGUCGAAUGACUCCGCUUCUAGCGUUGUUCAUCCUUCCCCUUUAUCAAUUUUCCGUCCGACGUUACCGCCUUCUUAUCGGCAGCCCGGUUCUAAUCUCCGGCGGGCGCUCUCAUUUGACGACAUCGAUGUCAAUGGCGGCUCAUUUGACGAAGAUGACGACGAGGAGCUGGAGGAUGAAUCAGAUCUUGAUGAUUCCGGGAAGCUUCCGAUGAGUUGCCUCUGGGAGGUGCUGAGGAGGUUGCCGCCUCCGUCGUUGUUGGCGGCGGCUAGGGUUUGCAAAGGAUGGAGGGAAACGACUAGAAGGCUUUGGAGGGCGGCGGAGGAGCUGAGGCUUAGGGUUCCUGCUAAGUCCCAAGUGGGAUUCGUUGGAUCGGUGUUGCAGAAGUGCCCUGGGCUAGUUAGCCUCUCACUUAGAAUGGAAAGUGAUGUGGAUGCCACAGUCCUUGCUUGCAUAGCAUUUUCCUGCCCCAAUUUGGAACGUUUGGAGAUCUCAACAUCGGGUGCUUCAGUCAAUCGGAUUACUGGGGAUGAGUUGGGUCGGUUUGUUGCUGAUAAAAGAUGCCUUACCAGUCUCAAGAUGGAAGGAUGCUCUAAUUUUGGGGGUCUUUUCCUUUGUUCAACCACUCUGUCAACCCUGUGGCUUUCAGAUCUUCAUUCCCUCUCUAAGACUGUUUUUAGCUGUCCUAAUCUAACGGAGAUUUCACUCAAUUUUUCGCGACAAGAAAAUGAUAGCACCGACCUAACUACUUUGGUAGAUGGUUUAGGAAGAAACUGCCCAAGGAUACAAAACCUUCACAUUGCAUCAGUUAGACUUUCCCAUUCUGUCGUGCUAUCUCUGGCUGAUGCUAACUUGAGGGGAUUACGGAUGCUUUCUCUUGUACUUGGCUCAGAAAUAAGUGAUGCAUCUGUUGCGGCAAUUGCUUCAAGUUAUUCAAACUUGGAACUUCUUGAUCUUAGUGGGUCCAGCAUCAGUGAUAGUGGUAUUGGAAUGAUAUGCAAUAUUUUUCCUGACACUUUAUCAAGACUUCUCCUCGCGCUUUGUCCAAAUAUCACUUCAAGUGGGAUUCAGUUUGCAGCGGCGCAGUUGCCUCUUUUAGAACUCAUGGAUUGUGGCAUGUCAUUAUGUCACCCAAAUUCAGAAACCUCAGACAUUACGGAGAAUGGAUCUAAAUUUCAGAAAACUUCUAACCGUAUGGCACACAUUAUUUAUCAGAAGCUGAUUAUCAAGCACAGCCGACUAAAGAAACUAAGCUUGUGGGGUUGUUCUGGCUUGGAUGUAAGAAUCACUGCACUAUUCAUUUGCAAUAGGUCACUACACAGUUCUAGUGUAACGUUCAUGAAUUUUGCAUUGCAGGCAUUGUACUUGAAUUGCCCGGACCUGAAUGAUUUGAAUCUGAAUUCCUGUUGCAAUUUGCAUCCAGGUUUGUGGUUAUGUUCUGUCUCUCUGUUUUAUCAAGUGUUGUUUCAUUUGAUCUUUAGUUCAUCAAUAAGGAUCCCUUUGAAUGCAGAGAGAUUGCUACUUCAAUGUCCAAGUUUGGAAACUGUACAUGCAACAGGGUGCCACUGUGUGCUAAUUGAUUCUAUCCAGAACCAGAUGACCAGUUACGAUGGAGCCCUAGAAAAUCCUUUCCUCAACAAACGCUUACCUGAUGGUUCGAAAAGGGUUCAAGCGCCACAUCUGAGCCCCAAGCCAUCUGGUAUUGAAAACCAUUGGAAGAGAGCCUCAAAACGUCACUGUUCUAUGUCUUUGAAGCUAUGAAUAUGAACACAGUAACACUGUUAUAAAUUCAAAACAUUCAUUUAUGAUUGUGUGUAAUAUCGAAGAUGCCAUUUGGCCCUGGGUCGAAAAGAAUUAUAAAAUCAGCAACUGCUUAUAAAGGCACUGCAGGGCCAAGUGUUGCAUCAUGUAAUUUAAUUUGUUUAUCAAACACCAUCAGGAUACUCUUGAUUUCAACUCUGGGGGAAGUUGAUUAGAUCAUUAGAAAGGAAAUAUUACAUUUCCACAAAAUUCCGCCCCCAUUUUAAUAAAUUUGAAAUUGGACUUUAGAAUUUGGAUUUGAUAACAGUACAUGUUUGUAUGCCACCUUUUUUCUUUCCUUUUCUGGGAAAUGUGGCUGGAUUGCUGAUGGAGAGUGUGCGUUUUCCCUUUGAAAAACUUUCUAAAGAUUUGGUUGCUUAUUUGAGGUUGGAACUUAAAAGAAGAACAACGUAACAACCAUAAUUACAAUAUACUUAGUCAAUAAUAUAAC